UGAGUUUGGAUGUGUAUCUGCUUUACCCUUUUGCACACAAUGAGUCGUGACAAACCACUACAGCUUUCAAAUUUUUCACAACCUGGUGAAGUUGAAGGGAAUGCCACGGACCUUUCUCCAUCACGCGUCUCAACUGAACCGAAGAGGAGGAAGAAGAAGAAGAAGAAGAAGAAACCUUUCUCAUCACCUAACAAAUUCAAACAGUUCUUUCUUCACCCAAAGCUUGUGAGCAAUGAAUUUCACGGUAGGAAAAAGCAUUGACGCUAAAGGCAUUGGAUUCUCAAUCAAAGAAGCUACCGUGCACGAUAUCCAGAUUGCUUUCAAGCAAAACAGACUCACUUCGAGGCAACUUGUUGAAUUCUACCUGAGAGAGAUUCAUAGACUCAACCCUGUUCUUAGAGGGGUCAUAGAAGUGAACCCGGAUGCGCUCUACUUAGCAGAUAAGGCUGACCAAGAGCGAAAGACCAAGAGACCUGGAUCACUGUCUGGUUUGCAUGGUAUUCCCAUUCUGGUCAAGGAUAAUAUUGCAACCAAAGAUAGGCUUAACACUACGGCUGGAUCAUUUGCGCUUCUAGGAUCUGUUGUGCCUCGGGAUGCUGGUGUGGUGGUGAAGCUGAGGAAAGCUGGUGCAAUCAUAUUGGGAAAAGCGAGCUUGAGUGAGUGGUCUUAUUUCCGAUCAAACACUGCACCCAGUGGUUGGAAUGCCAGAGUUGGCCAAGGUGUGAAUCCAUACAUAGCUUCUGCAGAUCCAUGUGGAUCAAGCAGUGGAUCAGCAAUAUCAGUAGCCGCAAACAUGGCUGCAGUAACACUAGGUACAGAAACGGAUGGAUCCAUCCUAUGUCCAUCAAAUCAGAAUUCAGUGGUUGGGAUCAGACCCACAGUAGGCCUUACCAGCCGAUCGGGUGUCGUCCCAAUCACACCUAGACAGGAUACAGUCGGCCCAAUUUGCAGGACAGUGUCAGAUGCUGUUUAUGUUCUUGAUGCCAUUGUGGGUUUUGAUCCAUAUGAUGCUGUGGAAACAAGAGGAGCUUCGAAGUAUAUUCCAAAAGGUGGCUAUCUGCAAUUUCUCAAGGCUGAUGGGCUCAGGGGAAAGAGAUUAGGGAUAACAAGUGACCCCUCCUUCGGUUUCCCUGAAAACUCUGACAUUUUUCCAUUUUUUGAACAUCAUUUGAACACAUUAAGGCAAGGAGGUGCAAUAUUGGUAGACCAUCUGGAAAUACCCAACUUGCAUGCCAUGGUAAGUUACCUAGGAAUUGACGAAGACAUUGCGAUGAAGGCUGAGUUCAAGUUGGCUAUAAAUGAUUAUCUCAAGCAGCUAGUCACUUCUCCAGUGCGAUCCUUGGCAGAUGCAAUAGCAUUCAACAAUAAACACUCGGAUUUGGAAAUGAUCCGUGAAUAUGGCCAAUACUACUUUUUGGAAGCUGAGAAAACAAAUGGGAUUGGCAAACUAGAAAAGAAAGCGUUAUUAAACUUAACAAGAGGAUCCAAAGAUGGGUUCAUAAAGUUGAUGAAAAAAAAUAAGUUAGAUGCACUGGUGUCACCCUUGAACUCUCUUUCUCUCAUUCUCGCGAAGGGCCAGUUCCCGGGUAUUAUUGUUCCGGCUGGGUACGACGACGAGGGGACGCCAUUUGGUAUUACUUUUGGAGGAUUAAAGGGUUCAGAGCCUAAACUGAUUGAGAUUGCUUAUGGCUUCGAGCAGGCUACUAAGAUCAGGAAGCCUCCCUCUUUUAAACCUUGAAACAGUAAUUUAAUCUUAUAUUGAAAUAUUAGAAUUUGUACUGGCAUUGUACCUGAAAUGAUUUUAGUAAAUAUGCAAAUUGCAAGUCAAUGUAGCACAUACAUGUACUAUUCUGCUUUGCAAUGAAAUAAAAUACUUCUUCUUGUUCUAA